ACCCACGGCAACUAUGACCAGUACUAUGCCACCCGCAACCUCAACACUCGGAUCGACCCUCGACUGCUUCUGAUGGACCCGAGCUGGUUCGCGGGAAAGCGCAUCCUCGACAUUGGCUGCAACGCCGGCAUGGUCAGCCUGCAGCUGGCCAUGUACUAUCUGCCCAGACAUGUCCAAGGCAUCGACAUCGAUCCCAGUCUGAUCCGCAAGGCCAACCAUGAUCUUGCUGCUCGACUGAGCCUGGCACAGCACUUGAUCCACCCGGCCACCGAUCCUCUUGACAGAGACUAUGACUACUUUCCUCAAAGCUGCUCGCUGUUCCAUGGCCCACUCAAGCCGAUCCAUACCCACGGCGAGGCCGAUCCCUCAGGCUCGGCGCCUGAUCCGCCGAUUCUGCCCUUCCCCGCCAACGUCAGCUUCCGGUGCGGCAACUGGCUGACCGAGCCGAUCCCCCAUGCCUCCAUCUGCCCAAGAUUCGACGUCAUCCUGGCCCUCAGCAUCACAAAGUGGAUCCACCUCAACGGCGGAGACACCGCCAUCAAGCACUUUUUCACAAAGAUAUACCAGUCCCUCAAUCGCGGCGGCCGGUUCAUCCUCGAGCCGCAGCCCUGGCACAACUACAAAAUCCGGAAGGGCCUCUCGCCCGAGAUCCUGGCCAACUACCGCUCCAUCCAGCUGCUCCCAGACGGCUUUGAUGAGUACCUGCGGACCCAGGUCGGGUUCUCGGCCGGCCAUCGGAUCGGC